AGCAGAAGCAGGAGGCAUGGAGAGGGAAAUUUAACAAGUCAAAGUGGCAGCUGGGGAGGGGUGGGGAGGGGCAGGUAGCAGAAGGCAGAGGUGGCUGAGAAGGAGGGGAGACAGGAGCUGCGUGGCUCCUCUAUGCAUCUUUUGUUGUAGCAAGCAGGAGGUGAGACGAGGAGGCUCCUCAGCAUGGCCGAGAGCUCGCCAGCGUGCAAGCAAGUGGUGAUGAUGGCAUGGACUGGGCAACUGUAGGAGCGGCUGCCCCCUUCCUCCCAGCCUUGGUACCACCGGCUGACCCCGGAGAGCCACACGAGGCACCACCAUUUGCAACUGGAAUGUGGAGGCUGACAGAGAAAUGGUGAUGAUGCCAAGCCUGCCUCGAAGGUUCAUGCGUGAGAUGGAAUUUGAACGCAGGGCUCCCAGGAUCAAAGCCAACCUCUUAUGUCUGGUGCCACACUGCCUCUCAUGCUGAGCCCAACCAUGGCUGGAGAUUCUAGAAUCUUCAUGAACCAGGACAUGGAAAUUGGCGUUACUCCGAGAGAGCAUAAGAAGAUUCCCAAGCAAGUCCGGGAUGAUGUUCCCAUCGCCACUGACCGAACGCGUCUCCUGGCAGCAGAGAUCAAGAAGCCACGCCAGCGCUACAUGGAGAAAAGCGGCAAGUGCAAUGUGCACCAUGGGAAUGUCCAGGAGACGUACCGAUAUCUCAGUGACCUUUUCACCACCUUGGUGGACCUCAAAUGGCGCUUCAACCUCCUUGUCUUCACCAUGGUCUACACCAUCACCUGGCUGUUUUUUGGUUUCAUUUGGUGGCUCAUUGCUUACAUCCGAGGAGACCUGGAUCACGCAGAAGACGAAGACUGGAUCCCUUGUGUUGACAAUCUCAGCGGGUUUGUUUCAGCAUUUCUGUUCUCUAUUGAGACGGAGACCACCAUUGGGUACGGCCAUCGAGUGAUCACUGAGAAAUGUCCAGAAGGCAUCAUCCUGCUUUUGGUCCAGGCCAUCCUGGGCUCCAUAGUCAACGCGUUCAUGGUAGGGUGCAUGUUUGUAAAGAUCAGCCAGCCCAAAAAGAGAGCGGAGACCCUCAUGUUUUCCAACAAUGCUGUGAUAUCCAUCAGGGACGAGAAGCUGUGUCUCAUGUUCCGGGUUGGGGACCUGAGGAAUUCCCACAUAGUGGAGGCUUCCAUCAGAGCAAAACUGAUCAAAUCCAAACAGACCAAAGAAGGGGAGUUCAUCCCUCUAAACCAAACGGACAUCAACGUGGGGUUUGACACAGGGGACGACAGGCUCUUUCUGGUCUCCCCUCUCAUCAUCUCCCACGAAAUCAACGAGAAGAGCCCCUUCUGGGAGAUGUCCCGUGCCCAGCUGGAGAAAGAGGAGUUUGAAAUCGUGGUCAUUUUGGAGGGGAUGGUGGAAGCAACUGGAAUGACUUGCCAGGCUCGGAGCUCCUACAUGGACAAGGAAGUGCUGUGGGGCCACCGCUUCACUCCCGUUCUGACCCUGGAGAAGGACUUUUACGAGGUUGACUACAACUCCUUCCACAGCACCUACGAAACCAACACGCCAGAGUGCUGUGCCAAAGAGCUGGCAGAGUCGUUCCGCGAGGGGCACCUGCUGAGCCACCUGUCCAGUGCCAACCUCUUGGGGGGAGAGGAGUCGGAGAAGUCGAAAGAGGAAGAGGGGGAGGAAGAGGGGGUCGUCCAGGAGAAGGAUGGGAGCAAAGAGGAAGGCCAGGAGCCGGCUGAGUUGAAUGGAGCCAACGGAAUGGCAGGGGAGCCGAAGGACAGCAUGUCCUUAUAACACAGAUUUGGGUCGAACUAUUGAAAAUUCAGGUGCAUCUACCAGGGAAGGGGCCCAAGGAGAGCUGGGAAGGUGGACUUAAGACUAGAGGACCAUGCUCUCAUUUCCAGUUGUGUGACUGAACUCAGACGGGCCUGAACAUCUGUUUGGGCUUCUCCCCUCUUUCCUGCAAAAUGCAAUUACUACAGGGACUUACUCACCACUUUGAGAUCCAUGGACACCAACAAAUGUUCUAGAUGAGAAGUAUUAUGAUUGUGAUGACCUUAACUAAUAGUGACGUUUCACAAGUGUGUGCUUUGAAUGCCUCCCUUCUGGCAGAGGGAGGGCAUGUAUUGUGGGGGGGACACCCUCUUUGGGGAAUGGAAUGUAACUGCAAAUCUUCUCCUUCAUUAAUUUGGUGGAUUGUAGACACUAAUUUGCUGAAUAAAAAGAGAGGAAUGGAGUGUGCGGGGGGUAGAGAUGCCUUCUAGAGACAGCCAAUGCGUGACUUUCCUUUUGAACUGAUUCAUGAGGUACAUAAUUAAACUGUGAUGGCUAUCAA